CACAUGCCCCCCACCACACCCCCACCCCCACCCCGGCACCUCCUUGUGUGUCAUUUCAACACUGAGGGAUUCAAUCCAGUUUGCAACCUUUGUCGCAUUUCAUCACUUGCCCUCCUCCUCCCCCACCUUCCCCCAUCUCUCCUGUCUCUCCAUUGUGAGGCCCAAUUGUCUUUUUAAAAAAACAGCGCUAUGACACAGUCAAGGAGUCAGUGCAAAAGCAUCGUUGCAGUGUGGUGCACGGAGGCUUGAGCCAGACAGGAUGAGCUGAGUAUGCUUGGACAAAAAGAGGACACCUAAUCCUUAUUUUUAAAGCUAAAAAUAACAACAAAAAAGCCCACCAUCUUUGAUUUGCCAGGUAUUUCUGUGCAUUGAAGGUGACAUGGUGUUCUAAAUGCAGACCAUGAUGGAAUCACAACCAGAAUUGGAGUAUUGUUUUCAAGGUGGCAGUGAGAAGGAGGGCUGCCGGAGUCAGGUGUCAACCCCCCUUCUCUCCCUCUCUGUAAUUUAGGAUGGGGCUGUGAGUGUGAGAGACCACAGGGUUUCAAAUGAUGCUGUCGGGAAAAGAUGCAGGGAUGCAGGGCCUAGCAUGCAGUGAUAGACACAACAACAGCAGCAGCAGCAGUCACUUACAUAAGCCAGGCCACUGAAAGGACGUGCCAUUUAAUUUACAUUGAGCCGCACUCUCCCUCCUGUUCUCUGUACUAUUCAUUGUGGUAAAUUGACAUUAAGGUUUUUAGCCGCAAAAUGCAUUUUGACAUGACAUGAUGGAUGGAGGGACUCAAAAAAGGAGAGGAAAAAAUUGGUCGUUUGCACGCACUGUUAACGUCCCAUUGAUGUGGAAUUUCAGCAUUAUAACCAUAUGGUUGUUAAAUGUAGCUACGAUAUAGUAGGAUGCAUGCCGUGUGAUACCAUUACCAUUUUGAUUUGCUAUGUUUCCAUUGGUGUGUGAUUCAUUGUUUCUGUGCAACUUCCUGUUUACCUUUUUUGACAUCUGUCAAUUGCCAACCUCUUCUGCAUGUGUCUAUCAUGGCUAGUUAUUUUUCUCAUUCAAUUUUGAAUCCACAUACUGAAAAACAUAAUAAAAUAAACUAAUAAUUCAAGGUUGUAGACAACCACAAUGUAUGCCACCAGGCAUCUUCCAAAGUUUGUCUUGCAUUUCAAUAAUACAAAAGUGCAUAAAAGCACUGUUAAUUGUGCUAGUGGGGAAGUUGGAAAUGGACUUUCCCUAAGAGUCUGACUUGAUAAAUAUGUCAUAAAUUAAAGAAGGAGAUAGCAUUUUUGGUCUGUGUUGAGAUACUGAAUACAGCUGCCUAGCAUUACCCAAAUAAAACUACAGUUAUGCUCAAAAAUAUUAACCCUCUUAAGUUUAUAAAUGUUUUAAUUAUUUAGCAACAAACCAAACAAUUUUAAUAGUGUAACACAGCUAAUAUUACAAAAAUAUAUUUAUUGAAAAAUUUUACUUGUUAGUUUGUACUUUGAAAGUGAAUUUUACAAUCACAAUAGGGGUUGAAUAAUUUCACAUGCAACUGUAUGACCUCUGUUCUGCAUCUAAAUAAUGUGGAGGACUCAUUAGCACGUAGCCUAAUUCGAAAUCAAAUAUUUCCAAUGGGAAAUAAUAAAAAAGGUUUAUAACGGGUGAGAGAAUAUAUGGUAUGCCUAUCUCACAUACGUGAGUACUGUACACCCUUCACAUUUCAGCAGCCAGCUAUUUACAAGACGAUGGGCAAUAAUGGCUGUGUUGAGUCAUUUUCAAUCAAUAAUAAUUUUAUACUGCUGUGUGGUGAUUGGAACACCAAUAUAAAUGAAAUCAUCAAGAUAAAACACUCUUAAUGCCCAUAAUACUCAUCAAACUUAUUUGUUCAUAUAAUGCACACAGAGCAAUGAACAACUUCAUGUGCUGUCUCCUUUCUGCUCCUUUCUCCUUGCGGCGUGAGGCGUUCAGGUACACUCGUAAAUGUGUGCGUUACGUGCUAAUUGUUUUUAAUUUUUGUUCAUCUAUCCCCUGUGACAAUUGGUGUACCCCGCUUUGGGAACCAAGGGUUUAACCGAUUAAUCGAAAUAACAAGCUCAGAAAAUUUUUACGUUAAAACGAAAAUGAAAGUUAAAACUCAAAAAAUAAUCAUUAGCCGCAGCCCUAAUGUCAUUGAUAUUGCGUAUUAUAUAAUUGAUUAUAUGCCAUCAAUUCAUAUCAUGUGUAACUUUAUCCUUUUAAAAUCAGUUUAGUUUGAAUAUGAUUUUACCUCAUCAAAUAUAAACAUUGGAAUCUGUUAAAUUCAACAUGUUCGCGUUUAUAUAUAUAUAUCUGUCAUCAGAUCAGAUUGUAAUUUGUUGUGCUGAGGCAGAAUCCUAAUACAUUUUACUUCCUUGAAUGACAAUAAACCUUGUUUUCCUUCUUCUGAAUGUUUUUGUUAUGAUUGCUCGCAUGCUUUUUCCGUGCAGUCAUGUUGUAUGCGAGUAAUACACUGACUAGGUUGCUACAGGCAGCGCACUUUCACACUCGAUGUACACUUCUCAGGAAGUUACAUGGCUGCAGAGGGCUUGCUGAGCACUUCAUUUGAGUGUUUAAACUCCCCGAAGGCACCUGUCAAGUUAUUUGUUUGUUUUGCCUGCAAUUGUAACUAUCUUAUGUUUGCUCUUUGUAAAUAUUGGUGUGCUGUGUGCUGAGCAUUGACGAUGCCUUGGAGCAGCAUUGUGCACUAAAACUGAGUCACAUUCAGGGGAAAUAAACUUGAGCUCUAAUGGCUCGUCCCCUUAUCACCAUGGCUACUAAAACAGUUGAAUAGUGCUGCGAUUAAUUAGCAAUCUUGAACGCAAUCACAAUAGAAAGGAAACUAUUAGCAACUCUGAAGGUAUCUCUGUAUUGAGAAGUGUGUGUGUGUUUUACCUUUUGUAUUGAGAAGUGGCGAAGUGACUGGGCAGGUUUUGUAACCAAAAUAUUAAAAACAGUUCUCUGGAUAAUUUAGUGCAGUUCUUCACUGAAAACUACAAUCAAUUUAAUAGACUGACUUUAUUUGAAUACCUCUCUGACAGUUGGGGGGGGGGGAGGUUACAGUCAAAAUGAAUGUCAAAUGGUGAAUGGCAAAAAUGCGACUAAUGGACACCCAUAAAAAGCCCUUAAAAUGCCUAUUUUUGACAUGCUACAAUAUGCCUCAGUUAUUAAGCACAUUUUAAAUUCUGUUUUACACAUUAAGAAACAAUUAACAGUAUGCAGCAUUGUACUUACAAAACAUGCAGUUACAUAACAUGUCUUGUCAACGCAUCUUCCUGCUGGAAAAUGUUGAGUGAAUUAACUUAUCAGACCUCUGCUGGAUUCAUGGUUGCAGCACUCAUUUUACGCUGCUGAUAGCGCCAUCAAUCCACUUUCCAUUUAAGUUACCAUUUAUAUAUUAAAAAAAAUAAUAAAUCAAAACGCCACGAAAUUCGAACCGCAAAGUGGCGAGGGAUGACUGUAUGUUUUCAGUCUAUCUCAGCUCUUCAUUUUGAAAUGCCCACACAAAGCCAUUAUAUUUACACAUGACAUUAUAUAGCAGAAACCAUUUUAAAAAAUCCUGUAUAUUUAUGUUAAACACCUCUUAACCUCUUUUUAGAGACUCUCAAUAAUGCCAUGCAUACAUACAUUUAACCAUUAAGCCAGGCUGUGGCAGCCCUUCUCAUUGUUCACGUUGCCAUUACACAGGAAAGUGCUCUCAAGGCCAUUCAAAGCCACUGAAAGAAAGCACACCACCACCACCACCACCACCACCAACUAGCUGCAAGUAUAAAGGGCACAAAACAUCCUGCCCGGAGACCAAUGUAAAAAUACAUUUUUGUUGGAAUAAUAGAUUGUCAAGCUAAUGCACGAGGGCCUCCAUUAGGCAGGCAGUUGCCUUGCUCACAUGCAAAGAGGAUAGAGCAGCUCGAGCAGAUGCUUUUCACUGCUGCAUCAUCUGUCUGCACCAAGUAGCGAUGCGGUCAUUAUGGCAAAUGGAGGGGCAUCUUCACAUUCUCAGUAAAAAUAAUUUAAAGUGACUCUUAUCUUUAGCCUGCUUUAUAUAUUGUAGGUAUGAGCAGGUAUCUGCAGCACCAUAGUUACGAUACCAGCUUGUGCAACGUGGUCAGAAGGAGUAGAUCUGCUAGUGUGAAUGAUAAGCUUUUAUGCUGUAGGGAGAAAAUAUACUGUACACCAACAGGAAGACCAACUAACCAUUAAAAAAAAGUAAAUACUGCACUUUUUGGUCAAUUAAGGGAGAGACAAUGGACAGAAAAGCAAUUGGUUAUGUCAUCAGAGCAUCAGCAUCGGAUUGCUGGGUUUCAUUUGAUGUCACAUCCGGUUGCUGUCAGCCCCACCUCAAAGAGAUGAGGGGGAAAAUAAGCGUAUUUGUAACCAGCAGUCAUGUAAAAUCAGAACAAAAGUACUGCAUGCGCCAUUCUCACAUGUGGAAAUCAUUCGGAUAUGUAUUUCGGAGAGUAGUUCAGAUAUGUAUUACGAAGAUAGUCCAUCAUAAUAGGGGAAAAAAGUUCAGGAAACAACCAAAAAAUGCAGAGAAGCCACCUUUUUGUGGUGUUUGCUAACCAGCUGUCGCUCUUGUCGAGUGGAGCAGAGUAAACACGCUCCAGUUUACAGUGAGCAACAAGAAGCACAAUUUAUACUAAAAUCAAAGUUAAGACGUUGCUGGAACUCGAAAAUGUGAAAUGAUGUAGCUCACACUUUUGCCAAACACUGCAUCAAAACGAUGGACACAUACAAGAAUGUAUUCAGGCAGACUGAUUUGGUGCAAGAAUGCAAAUUGACAAGUUUGAAGCAUUGUUUUGUUUUUCACUGCUUUUCCAUCGUCUUGUUUUCAACAAUUGUAUAUCUUCAUGCUUCACACCAUGUACACUCACACAAUUAGAGCAAAUCAUUUCAACGACAUGCACCGUUAUUGGCUUUAAUAUCCAAAAUAUUGUACAUACACACUGAGUGUAUGUAUGUACUGAGUGUGUAUGUGGCUGGAUCUUAUGCUUGCUUCCCUUCUGAUCACAGGAAGUGAAGCGAACCGCCUCUACGUCACGUGGUUUGCUCUGAUGUCAUCUCUAUGCAGAUGGCCACUAUGGGGGAUAGUUUCACAAUUAACCAGCAUAAGAGGUCGAAAUGCAUUUCCUCCUUUGCCAUUUUUACUUGGCAGGUGUAAUAUCUUACGUACAUAAACAACGAUGCAGCAGUGUCGUAUUUGGACGAUCAUAGCACUUGCACAGCAUCCAGUCUGAUGUCAUCCCCUAUUCAGAUCUCACGAUGUUAUGCAAUAGUCCUCAGUAGUUUUCCUUUAUUUUAGCCACUCGGUGAGCUGUUGAUUACAUUUUAUAUUGUGUUACUUUGAUAACCGCACAAGAUCAAAAUAAAUGUGAAUGUUUUAGAUGGAAUAGGUGUACUAACAUUACAUAUGUAUGAUUAACGACGUCUGUGGGAGGGGGGAAAAAAAACUGCCUGUGAAUGUCGACAAGAGUUAUUGAAACGGAGAAGUCAUUUUCCUGAAAUAAUGGCAGCAGUUUUAGCCGUCUUGAAUCAUAAUGGACACAAAUAAAAACCGCUUAUCGGUAAAAAAAAACAACAAACAAACAUUUCAUCACACUAACAAAGCUGGUUGAACUGUUGCACAUUUGCAGCCAUAUUACAGUGCACUCUGCUUUAUUAUUCUUGACGUAUAAACAAGGAGGACACAAAGGGGGCAGUGUGUCUUCCUUGGGAAGUGGACAAAGUAUAAGCACAGUGUUGCAGCCAGAGUGGUGGGAUGGUGAGCUUCCCCUUCUGCAUGUAGUUCUGCUCGUGUGACAUGACUAGUAAAAGAAAAGUGUUCAAGAUCAGCAUGAUAGAUGCAGUCAUCAAGUCAAGGGGCAGUUACACCUGUAGGGGCCCACGUGUGUGUGUGUGUGUGUGUGUGUGUGUGUGUGUGUAGGGCUGCAGAGGGACAGCUGCUCUUCCUGUCAACAUGAGGACAGUGUGCCACAUCCAUGAACACUGUUUGAUAGUGUCAGCACACAUGGACCUCUGUAACACAUGCGCGCACACACAUCUACUGUAACCCUCCACAAGUGUAUUUUCAGACACACAGGAAGUGUUAGUGCUCUGCCAGCACACCAUGUUGAUGUCAUGGCAAAUACAUAUCAAACAAUAGAGGUACUUACUUUUACCAACAGUAUGACGGCCAGUGUGGAAACAAUAGCUUUUGCCGAGCAAUGCUUUUAGCGUGUGCUUUUUUUUUACGUAGGUAUUAAUAUCCACAAUACGAUAGAAACUGCUUGUUUACACUUUAGUAUGACUGAAGGCUCUCUCAUCAUGCAGCUGCUGCAACUUGAAAAUGAUUUAUACACCCUAAUGUAAGAAGAGCUUACUUUUCAUUUUGUAAAACAUUAAUUCUGGCCUUAUGUCAGUGCUGUAAAACAGGGGUCCCUAACCACUGGGCCGCGGUGCGGUUCGGUGCCGGGAAGCUUUCUGGUGCAAUGAUAAUAAAAAAAAAAAAAAACACUUAAAAAAUACAUCUGUAAAUAACUACAUAAAUUUUUAUGUAAAUGCAUAUACAUUUUGGAAAUACGGGCCAUUAUUUUAUUUUAAAAAAUAACAUACCGUUACAAAUCCCACAGUUUUUGCAUGUAUGUUUGUUGCAAGCGGCGACUCGUCCCACUUUGUUAGACGGUCCUUGAACACACCAUUGUGCGUGUGCUAACUUUCUUCCACGCUGCACAAAUGAAUAAUUAAUAUACUGUAUUUUUACCAUUUGUUCUUUCACCUCAUAUUUGGUCUCUAAUGCUGAUACUAUGUGGGAAUGCAUCAAGGUCAGUUCUGAUGACGUUAUUAAGUGCUAAUAUGGAUAUUUGUUGGUGCACAACUUCAAGUUAAUUCAUGCUAGCACACUACAUUUUACCACACACAUCAAACAGCGACGUGAUAAUCUCUCUGGAAAAACAGCAGCAUUUCUUUGGCGAAGUAUUAAACUAGUCUCUGAACUUUCUUGCGCUGUUCCGUUUGUACUUACUUUGCUGACCAAACAUCUCAGUGAGUGUUAACUGUCAGUGUGUAGUUUUUUUCCGAGAUGAGAAAACUGGGUCGAAUGGAUACUGUAUAUUUAGGUGGUCAAGUUUGUUUUGUUUAUGUUGCCACCACUUUCAAGUAAAUUUGGCAUAUUGGCUCGUUCAUGUUUAUGGGCUCACAUUACUCAUUAUUAUUAAUUCCACACAGGGCCUGUGGCAUGUGGCUUUGCAAUUUCUCCUAAAUUACUUUGCUUUGCUGCUCACAAGGCUCCACACUUUUGCUGUGUGUAUGCUAGCGGCCCCCGCCUCCCCCCAUAGAGACAAAGCAACUGUAUGACUGACUCGCUCCGUCCCAGAGUUUCAAGCCGUUGCUCUAUGAAGCAUCUAGGUGCUGAACUCUCUUUCUGUGUGUCUGAAGGCGAGAGACAAGAAAAACAGAUGCACGUGGCAAUAUAUGGAGGCCGGCAAAAUUAUCGAGUUCAUUUUCAUUUAUCAUGCGGUAAAUUAAUUAAUUUAUUUAUUGCAAGAGUUUUUUUCUGAAUGAGAAAUCUCGUCACGUUUUAAUCUAGCUUCUUCAUGAUAGUAUUAAUUCUUGAAAGGUUAUUGAAAAGACAAUGCAGAGCACAUUAACAAUAAGUUGAAAAGGUCCUAUAAUGCAAAAGGUGAGCUCUCAACAAUGUCUGUUCUAUCAACACAAACUGCAUCUCCACCAUUCAGCCAGCAUUGAUUUCAGGAUGGCCUAUUUUGUCUGAUAAUGUGGAUAGAGUACUUUUUGCAGGCAUAAAUAUCAAUAUUGUUGACAUUAUUUUAAUGUAAAAGUAAUGUCACACAGUCUUGCACAGUAAUUGCUUUAUAGAUGUCGCAGUCGAGAUGUGGCGGCAAAACGAGGUGGACCCAAGUGCAGGGUUGCUAGGAAAUGCAACAUUGGAAAGCCGCUCAAAAAGGUUUAAUUCUAAAAUAAAAUCCAGUAUCCAUAAAUGCAAAAUACUGACGUAAGGUUUGCAAUGUCCAAAACACACAAAAACAUAAGGACAUGCAAGGGGCUAGGAAAGUCUAACUAGUUUGGAGCAGACAUACCACAAAAGACGUAUGGAGACCAGACAAAGACUAGUCAGAAAACUGGGGACUAAAUAAACUGACUAAUGAACUCUGGUCUGUUUAAAAAAAAAAAAAAAAAAAUGUAUUAAACCUGUGUCCUGUAUCUGCAACAUUAUCCAAAUCCUCAUCAAAAUGUGUAGAUUGUUAGGUGGAAUUUAAUUUUCUUUUUUUGUUUGUGUAAUCUGCUGUAAAAAUGGUCAAAGAGCAAAGCAAGUGGUGGCCUAAUGCUUUUACCGUGCUGUAUGAAUUUUGACAUAUUUUUAAAGCCGUUAUGAGGAAAAGGUUUUAAAUCUAUUGUUGCCAGCAUGACAGGAUUGUGGCAGGCAUACACAUUUUUGGCCAUCCUGACAAACAUCCUAUUUGAAAAUAUUCCACUCAGCUCAGGUGCACACUGGGAUGGCGAGGUCCAUGUGUCUUUGGGGGACAAUUAUUCAGACUGACACUUGCAAAUGCUUUGGACGGAAAAGGAGAGAUACUGUCCUCGGAAUGGCAGAAAAAGAGAGAGUAGUGCAGCGCAAUCGACUUAACAGCUUUUUGGAAGUGGGCCAGUUCACCAUCCGCAGUGUGGCUCCAGAAGGGUGAGGCUUGUUAGGGAAGAGAGGCUUUGGACUGAAUUUGACCAUCAGAUACAGUCUCAUUAAUACACUACUAUUACUUUAUCUAAAAGCAGCACCAGCAGGCUGUGGCCAGUGUCAAAAGGUUGAGCAGCAAUGCAGUGCAGCCCGACCUCUACUGUAAGUCGUGUGUAGGAUCAAUAAUGAGAGCUGGUUUUAGAUUUCUGAAAAUCAAUCUUUUUUUUUUCUUUUUUUUUUUUAAGAUGUAUGAAGGUGGUGAGGCAGCUCUUCACUAUAAAAAACACUCUCAACACUUACUCCAUUUUAAUGUGGAGUACAGAAAGCAUGACGCUACAUUGCUUACUUUUUUAAACUUUUGUUACCGAUCACGUCUAAUGGCAGCUAAUCCCUUAAGCUGAUUUUCACAGCUUCACCUGAAGGGAAAACAGAUCAGCCAAUUAGAUUGCCACACAAUCAUCCUGGAUUCGGCUGUGGUUAGCAGCUUCUUCAUGUGUAGCCUGCAUGUGUAGGUGUGGAGACCAAGUGAUGACGACACUCAUCCUCUCUAGGUUCAAAUGUCAGUCAUCUCUUCCCGUUUCACAGGACGCACGCUUGCGGUGUGUGAAAUACUGUCAAGCGACCAGGACUUCCCCAAAUAGGGUGCAAGUGUGCAUGUCUGUCUUCUUUCACUCUGUAUCUUGAUGACUUAUUGCUAGUGACAUUUUGACCUCAAAGCAAUAGCAUACAGAAAAUAAAAACUUCCUUUUUUCGUUUUUGCACUGAGCCUUGUUUCGGGCCUGUACCUCGGAUGCUGUUGAGAUGGCGUGUCUGCUGGCAUCAGCGGGUUCACAAUUAAACACAUGCAUUAUGCAUCCUUUGAGAUUCAGAGGCCACUUCUCUGUGUUCUCAGUGAGCGUUUGCAAGGUUUCCAAGCCAUUUUUGAGGCUGUCAAUCACACAAUUGUAGGACUGUGCUUGUUAAUUUCAGCUGUUUUAUGUCACAUGACUGCAUGCUUGGAGUUGAUGAUCCAUGAGUGUAUCCAAGUUGAUGCUGAUAAUCCAGUACAAGAGUUGUGGAAAAAUCUUAACAAAUCUUUACAAAGAUAAUAAUGCUCAGGUUUAACUGACACGGUCAAAGCGGUAUUUACAUUAUUGUUAUAUAUUAUCAUUAUAAUAUAUCAUUAUUGUUCAUUUACUUCUGCAGUAGGGAUGCACCGAUCCACAUUUUUUCUCUCCCAAUCAGAUCCUGAUAACUGAAUUUGGGUGUCUGCCGAUACGUUAAAGAUAAAGUUCUGAUACCCCAGCUCUGUUUGCUGUAAUAUGCAACCACGCCAGCCAUAAGAGUAUCAGCAAAUGUAGGUAGAAAAAUAUCAGCGACACUUUCUGCUCCUGACUGUAGUAAUUGGACAUAUCAGUUUUAUAUCAGACUAGUGUGUGUGUGUGUGUGUUGUCAUGUUGGUAACCUUUUUUAAGCUGAUGUGCAGGACAACUGUUAAUACUGUAGGUUGUCUCUUCUUCACUUAAAAACAUAUGAUCACAGAUAUAUGCCACAUAUCAGUGUAUAUCACAGAUUCAGUUUUCUUCCGGUAUAUAGAAUACUGUAUCGCACAAUUGCUAGCAAAAUAAUGCAUUAAUAAUAUAUGAGUUACUCUGUAACUCCAAACCCCUGGUUUGCAGUAGAGUGGGCUGUUUAUAAUAUUUUGGUAACCAUAGUUGGCUGUAUUAGAAGAACAAACCUCUAUCAUACGACAAACUUAAAAAAAAAAAAAAAAAAAGAAGUUGAUGAAACUGCAAUUUACCAACUCUUGCGCUCUAAAGCAAUACAGUUUGUGUGUUUUCAUCCAUGCAUUUCUAAUAAUCCGUAAAAGCAGAAUUCUUCAUACAGCUCCUGUAUGAGAUUGUGUCGGUGUACAUAAUGAAGCGGCAAAAGCAAAGAGUUGAAGGUUCUUCAGUGCACUUCCUCCUCUGGUUUAUUUAAAAGGAUGUAGCUGAGUUAAUGUUGAUGUGGCGGUAGACCUGUGGCUCAGACAGCAUGAGGGGCCAUUCUCCUUUCCCAUCGUCCACCACACUAUACUGACGCACAGGAGACAAUGCACUGAAGAGUCAGUGGAUGCCAUGUUGGGUGUGCAGACAGGGCCUCGUAUAAGAGGAAGGAGAGUUGGGCCACAGUGAUGGUCAUCUUUGUUCCGCAGGAAGCGGAACCUCACAACUCCCGGAUCACUGCCAAAACUCACAACUCCACACCUGGAUGAACUCCGCAGUGACAUUCUUUUCACAGCAAUCUUCAUCUUUCACACGCCGCUGUGUGUUGAAAUGUUUUAAAAAAGGACUAUAUGUGUUGCUCUUACUGAUUGGAAGCUUUCCAUCUUCACAUCUGGAUAAUAAUAAACUGGAUUGGAGUCAGUUUCCCAGGCACAAUGCAGUCCGAUGACCUAUUCGUCCGUAAGUUUAGGCGCCAGAAUGUGCGGCCGCCAGUGGCUGCCGUCAACUUUGAUCCCAAGCGGGAAGUGGGUGUAGUAGAGUGGCCACCCAGGAGAGAGGGUGACGGGUCAGAUGGAGACAACCUGACCCCGAGUCGAGCAGGUCUGACACUGCGGGCGGUUGGUCGAGGCCACAUCAUGCAGAGGAGUAACAGUGACGUGACUUUAGGAGACUUGGACUCUGGUGGGAAGGUUGGGGGUAAAGCAACUCGGGUGGUCUGUGAUAAGGUGGGCGUGGGGGUUCAGGGGGACUCGGGUGUGCUGCUGCACAGGGAAUAUGGCAGCUUGUCCUCACUGGAGAGACAGACUCAAGUCCAAGAGUUAGGAACUGUGAACCAGGAUCCCCUGAGCCCUAAUGCUCUCCGCUUUAAAGACCCCUUCCUGCUUUUAGGACUGCAAGGAAACCCUCCAGAGCCAGACGGAUUCUUCCGAGGUUUGUCUUCUUCAACGGGGGACUCUCCAAAACCUGCCAAACCUCCCAAGCCUGAAGGACUGAGUAAAAAGUCCAAAUCUGUGCCCCCUCAAAUCCCUCAGCCGACUCCUUAUGACAACAUCGGGGGUGGCGCUUGGGUGAGGAACUUUGCACACUACGACGUUCAGAGCAUCCUGUUUGACCUCACGGAGGCUGCCUCAAACAGAGACAGCAUUGGACGGAAAAAGAACAUCACCUCGGGGGCCUCCGCCGCCUCCCAAAUGCGGCCCCUCUCUCAGGCCACACCCUCCUCACCCGCACAAGGUGGAGUGGGCAAUGUGGGAGGCGUGGAUGACCCUGAGCAGUCGUUGCUGCUGGACGAAGGUGACGGCAAUGACAACGAGCUUCUACUCAGUUGCCCCCACUUCCGAAAUGAGACAGGGGGAGAGGAGCAGGUGGGUCUGGGCCGAUUCCCAGCCAAGCGGGGACUGUGGUUGAGCCCGCGGACCCCCAACGACGCAGUGUCGGUCCUGGAGGAGCCCAGAGAGAGUCAUGUCCAGCAACAGGGAAAAAGCAAUUACUUCAUAGAGCAUGCAGAUCUGGGGGCGCAUUACUAUCGUAAAUAUUUCUACAUGAAAGAACAUCAGAAUUUCUUCGGCAUGGAUGAUCGCCUAGGUCCAGUGGCCAUCAGUUUUCGCAGAGAGGAGAAAGAAGGCACCAGCGGAGCUCAGUACAACUAUAGAAUUAUCUUUCGCACCACAGAGAUGAAGACGCUGCGUGGUUCCAUCUUGGAAGAGUCUGUGCCCUCUGCGGCCCGUCACACAACACCUCGAGGCUUGUCUCCCAAGAGGCUGCUGGAAUUUAUCAUGCCAGAACUCAACUUGCAUUGCCUUCGCUUGGCUUCCAACUCUCCCAAGGUCCGCGACACUUUGCUGAAGCUGGAUGAACAAGGGCUGAAUUUCCAGCGAAAGGUCGGUGUGAUGUACUGCCGGGCGGGCCAGAGCUCUGAGGAGGACAUGUACAACAACGAGAGCGCCGGGCCGGCAUUUGAAGAGUUUUUGGACUUGCUCGGGGAUCGCGUAAAACUGAAGGGUUGGGAGAAAUACCGAGCUCAGCUGGACAACAAAACCGACUCAACAGGGACACAUUCCCUCUACACGCGUUACCAGGACUAUGAGAUCAUGUUCCAUGUGUCCACCAUGCUGCCCUACACAGCCAACAACACCCAACAGCUGCUGAGGAAACGACACAUUGGCAACGACAUUGUGACCAUCGUGUUCCAGGAGCCUGGCGCAUUACCCUUCACUCCAAAGUCCAUCCGCUCUCACUUCCAGCACGUCUUCAUCAUCGUUCAAGUUCAUGAGCCCUGCACUGACAACACCUAUUACAGGGUGGCCGUAACACGCUCUAAAGACAUCCCAUUAUUUGGCCCGCUGUUCCCUAAGGGUGCUCGCUUCCCUCGCUCGCCUGCGUUCAGAGACUUCCUCCUGGCCAAGGCAGUCAAUGCGGAGAAUGCAGCAGAAAAGUCUGAGAAGUUCCGCUCCAUGGCUACCCGCACGCGACAGGAAUACCUGAAGGACCUGGCUGAAAACUAUGUGACCACAACGCCCAUCGACUCCUCUACUAAGUUCCCGCUGCUCUCCUUGGGAGGCAAGCGCAAAGACAAGCUGAAGGGAGCAAAGGGGGCGGAGCUGCACAGUGCCGGGGCGCUGGUGUGGGCUGUGCUGGUCGAUGGCGCUGAUGAAAGCGAGGAAGAGCACAAGCUUCCAUGUCUGCUGGGUGUCUCAGCCGAGUCGGUGGUGCUCAUUGAGAGGUGCACACGCAGGGUGGUGUUUAACUGCUCCUGCAGGGAUGUCAUCGGAUGGAAGGCGGUGACCGAAACAAAAGAAGGGGGACCCUGUUUGGACAUCUUCUAUGAGCGUGGCGAGUCGGUGUUGAUUAGUGUGAUGGAGAACCAGGCUGAAGAUUUGAAAGAAGUGGUGCAGAGGCUUGAGUUGGUUACCCGGGGGUGCGAGGCUCUGGAGGUCACUCCCCUACGUGACGGCGUGGGCCAGCCCGGCUUUCUGAUGAACGAGGAGGGCUUUGUGACAGAGCUGCAGCGAUUCUGCUAUGCAGAGAGCGGUGGCCUACAGCUGUGGGCUCGUGUGGUUCGCCUGUGCGGGCAUUCCCUGGUCCACCUCAGUACAGAGGAGAGGACCAGGCUGCUCCGCACGGCACACAAGAUUCACAUCACCGUCAUCCCGCCGGACGAGAACGGGAAGCCCCGCAGGAGCUUCUCUGAACUUUACCAGAAAGCAAUCAAGGAUGCAGAGUGUAAGCCGGGUGAGGAUCAGUCCAGUGAGGCCUGGGUGCUGGAUGAGAGGGAGGAGGAGGAAGAAGAGGAGGAGGAGGAGAGGGAGGUGCAUGGUGUCACCGAGAUGGACAUCACAGAGGUCCAGGGGGAGAGCGACGAGGCAGCCAAGCUUCAACGACAAAGUGAAAGAGAGGACUCGCUCCUGGCACUGCCAAGUUUACCUUUGCUGCGGGCCACUUCUCUGCAGGACCAGAGGUCUGAUCAGGACCAGGAGAGCUCACAGCUUACACGCAGCAUCUCUUAUGGAGAUACUUGUGAGGGUCAUGUGUACGGCAACGUGGGUUUAAAGGAGGACCGCCACAUGUAUGAGAAUGUAGGAGAGCUUAGAGAUGCCACACCUGAUCUAAUACUGGCAGUCAAACCCAAAGUUCCACUCGAGGACGAACAGUUCAUGGCAGCCGACUUCAGUGAGGACAAAGCUUCGGCAAGCGACUCGUCCCUCUCCUCCUUACGGUUGUCGUGUGUGGACCGUGCUGAGAGGAAUUCACGAGCCUUAAGUCUUCACAACUCCAUCACCAAGAUUCUCUCAGAGACAACAGAUUCCACAGAAGAAGAGUGGCAGUCCAUCGCUGACCUGGCCACAGCCUGCCGCAGCAUCCUUGAGGCUUUGUCACGCGAGGAUCGUAAAGCUGCAGACCAAUCGGGAGCUGAGCAGACGGACGGCAAGCUGAACACAAAAGAGAGUGACUCUCCAGGCCACCUGGAAGAGAAGGUGUCACAGCUGGAGGCCAUGCUGAAGAAGCUGCAGGAUGACCUGCAAAAGGAGAAGGAGGACAAGGCGGUGCUACAGGCCGAGGUGCAGAGCCUGCGGCAGAACAACCAGCGGCUGCAGGAGGAAUCGCAGAGCACGGUGGCGCGCCUCAUCAAAGUCACUGAGCUGCUGUGCAACGUCAACAAGCCCUGUUAGCGUCCGCCUGCCGGCUGCACGCUCCCUCCAGCAGCAGAAUGAUGCAAAAUGUGUGCGCCGUCCUCAAACAUAUCCUCGAUGAACAGUGAAUAGUGACCCUGCCUGCUGGUGAAGGUGUAUGCAAUUUGACUCCUUAAAACGUAAUGACAUUCCCUAACAAGUCUGCACUUCUGGUUAUUGUUGCCAGAGUGCUUCUCUUGGUGUGUGUGUGCGUGCGUGUGUAUGUGUGUAUGUGAUACAUGUGUGUGUUAGCCGCAUGCGUGUGCAUCUCUUACUGUACUUUGCUUCAAAUACUUGACAAGCUGGGCCCAACAGCACUUGCAUAUUAAGUGGCAGUUAAGACAGAGUGUGUACACCCAAUAGCAUGUUUAUCUGAAAAAUGACCAAAAGUGUACACACACAGUUUGUAGAAUCACAUGCAUACUAAGUGUGUGUGUGUUUAUACUGUAUAUCAACACUUAAAUGUGAAGUAGCGUUGCUAUGCUCUGUCCUGCACAGGUAGUGUGGAAGGUCAUUUAAAAUAGAAAACUUGUUAAAUACAAAGAAAAAGGAGGCCUUUAGGCAACAAUCUCUUUGCUUCUCAGUAGUACUGUACUCAAGUUUCUAGGGAGGGAUCCUCUUAAUGAUCCCUUCAUUAAACGAAAAGAGGGGAAGGAAAAGCUAUCAAAGUGAGCUUGUGUGUGUGCGUGCGGGUGUGUCUGGGCGCUUGCACUGAAAAAGGGGUUAUACUUCCCUGGAAGACACACAAUGACAGGAAAAGAACCGCUUCCUUCCGCAACUUUCCUCUAACCUCACUCAAUAUUGUAGCAGCCAUACUGUAGAAGUCCUCCUGCAGGCCUCACGGCAGCUUUUAAAGGUGUCGAAGUGAAACACCUCAAAGUGGAAAACAUAAUAUCUAGUUAGAAUAUUGUAGUGAACUGUUUUGUGACCACUGGAGGUAAUAUUUUAUGGCUCCUGAGUGGUAGCAGCGAGAGGAAAUCUUCCUAACUUGAUGUGUGUUUUUCUGUGUUUGUCUUGCACUUUUUUGGUUAAAUCAGCACUGGACAGAGGCAAGUAUUGCAUUUUUAUUUACCCUGCCCAUGCUCUACUCACUACCUUACCUCGCCUUUUUUGUGCCCACUGCUAAAGGCACCGCUGACAAGGUGUGUUUAAAAUUUAAAAAGAGAUGGACUGCUUCUCCUCAGUGCCAACGAACGCCCAGGCAGCUCUUAAGAGUUCCACCCAAAUCAAGACCUUCUUUACAGUGGAUUUCACACAUCCAAGACUCUCAACGCUCUUGUUUGGUGUACAAACUUCCUCUUGUAAUGUUAUUUUAGAGUCACUGUGAAUACUUGGUACCAGCAUAUUAAGAUACAGUAUAUACAGAUGAAAUGAUCAUCUUUAUUAUCAGUAUGUGAAGAUACUCUGUACAGCUCCUGUUAUUUGGGCAGAUGAUUAUCAAUCAGAUAUUAUCUCCUGGACAUGCUGAAGCCUCCAGACUGAACUGUUGGUGUGAGAAGACCUGUUUUACUGUGUCUUGUAUUGUUGUUUAGAUGGUAGGAGGUCGGUCAAGCAUGAGAAUGUGCCAAGCAACUACCCAAACAUCCCCUCUGUGUGUGUGCGUGUGCGUAUGUGUAAGUUAUUUAUCAUGCAAAUGUGGAUAUUCUUGUAGCUGUUGAAAAUGGAGGGAAAUGUGAAAUAGAGCAGAGUGGAAAGGCGGGAGACUUUGUUUUAUUACAGAAAGCCAGCAGUGAUAGAAUCAUAUCUGUAAAGCUUGCGUUCUAGCUUUCAUAAGGUCUUAAAACACCAUUAGGUACGCCUUAAUGAACGAGAUCCUGGCAGGAUGGUCAAAGUGUGAUUUCUCUUGACUUUGUGCCUACCUGAAAAUGUAAUGUACGUAAACCCAGCUCACUCUUCUCAACUUUGUCUCAUGGUUGCACUGACUGAGGUUUCCACGGCAGAUGAACAGAACAUCUGCUGUCUGACCAGAAUGGAGACCUGAGAUGAAGAUAAGGUCUGUUGUUGUUGCUCUCAGCUGAGGCUUUGCAGCUCGAGUUGUAAGUGAAGCAAUCAGACUAAUACAUGGUUUUAAACCACAAUUAAAGAGGAAAAAGGGUG